AUGGAUGCCCAUUCCCGUGCUCGCCCCCCAAAGAGAUUAGACUCUAGCAACAACAGGACCAGCCGCCUGCGUCCCGUCGCUGAUUCGCUCGAGGCGGUCGGCUUCCCCUCCAAGGGCGACAAGACGCUACUGGAGCACAAGGCGCAGAAGGACUUCUACGACAGAAUCGUCGAUCGCUAUAUGCGCUUUUGCUCGCGCAAUUCGCAUGACCUCGAGGCCGCAUGGGCGUCUCUGCCAGCCAGCGCUUCCGCAGACGCGACCAAGAACACCCCGCUGAGCAUCCCAGUCAAGCCCAAGGGUCGUGCGCCGCCAAACAAUGGACCGGUCGAUUCGCUGGUCGCGAAAACCGCGAACCUGACUCUAAAUACACAGAAGACCAAAGAUGAAGCGCGCCGGGAUCCCGCCGCCGAAUUAUCCACCCUGCUGAUGUCGCUUCGUAAGCUGCGCGAAGCCAUUCUAGCAACUGCCUCCACAACCCCGAUCGUUUUUCAGCAACAGGUUCACAUGUUCUCGAUAAGAUUCUCUAUACUGGCCCGUCAUCCGCCCUCGUAUUUCUCCUCACUGCGCUACCUACUCGACCACUUGCAUACCACAACCCAUCCGCUCACGCUGCUCGAGUUGACAGAAUUCACAUCCUAUCUCAUACUAGACUUUGCUUGUCGACAAAACGCCGUUGCCCCCGCUUACGCCUUGUUAGUUGAAGCAAAGAAAAAACACGGCUUCCAAUGCCCAACCGUGGAUCAAGUGCUCACGGCGCUAACCCACGACAACUGGGUGCUGUUCUGGCGGGUUCAUAAAGGGGUAGACGGGUAUAUGCGCGCCGUGAUGAGCUGGGCAACGGAACAUGUCAUAAGGCAGACCCUUAAGGCUGUUGGUCGAACGUACCUCAGCGUGAACCUGAACUGGCUGCUGUCAAACUGUAUUGGGGACAAAGACUGGACAUGGGAGGACCUUGCGGAGAAGGAGGGCCUUGGCUGGGGUCGGGAGGGUGACCUGGUGAUCAUUCGAAGACCUAGACCCAAACCAUAA